AUGAGUCAAAGCUUGAAUACUUCAAAGAAUUUCUGGAUCAACAUCAACCAAGAGAAAGAGUAUUAUACUGUUAUCAACUCUGGUCAAUACAAUGAACUCCUAUCUCCUCCCCAGCAAAACCAUGUUGAAGGCAUAUUGGCAGAUGGCAAGUCUCCUGGAGGCUUAGGUGCAGCUAUUGUAAAGGGUGGCAACAAUGGUGGGCAGCAGGUUGAAAUGAAAGGAUAUGGGUACAUGAUGCUGGGCAGAAGCAAGGUAUUGGAAGAUACACUCUUCUGCAUUGGUUCUAAUUCCAAGGUGCAUUGGUCAACUAAUUCUGAGCAGCUUUUCAGUGUUCUUGUGACUGGCCUUCUUAUUUUCAACAAAAUACUUGCUCCAAGAGUUUUCUGGAACACCAGAACCACAGAUAUCAACCUCAAGCAGGAGCUAAGGGUUCCUGUCAUGUCUGCAAGAAGUACAAUUGUUGAUUUGAUGAGCCAUUAG